AUGGCCAAUGGGAAAUCAAAUCUAGUUGCUCUUCCUAUCCCCUUCUUUACCGGGGAAAAAUACCAUUUUUGGAGUACUAAGAUGAAGACAUAUUUUUUGUCCCAAAACUUAUGGAAAAUUGUUAAUGAGGGACCGGAAAACACCUCCACGCUAUCUGAGCCCGAGCUACAACAGCAUCAGCAGAAUGAUGCAGCAGCACUAUUCAUCCUUCAACAAGCUCUGGAUGAUUAUAUUUUUUCAAGAAUUUCUGAAGCUAAGACGGCGAAAGCAGCAUGGGAGAUUUUAAAAGCAGAGUUCCAAGGCAAUUCAGAGCUUAUCGCUUCUUCUCUAUCAAAGACUCUCGCCAUGCCAGAACAGGAUAUGGAGAAUUGCAAGAAAUACCUGCCACUAUAUAAUGCCAUACUCGAAGGCGAUCUGUUAUCUGUACGACAGUUCUGUGAUGAGGAUAAAGAAUCGUUAGAAGCCAGGAUCACGGUAAACUGGGACACAGCUCUUCAUGUAGCUGUUGGGACAUGCAAGGCUAAUCAUAUUGUGGAGUAUCUAGUAAAUAAGAUGUCAAUGGAUCAAGUGUCACUGAAAAAUAAACAGGGCAACACGGUCCUUUCCGUUGCUGCAAUGGCUGGCAAUCUCCAAGCAGCCAACAUGAUAAUGACGAAAGAUGAAGAGAAAAGCUUGAUUGUAGUUAAAAACAACUCUGAUGGGAUACCUUUAAUUGAGGCCGCUCGACAUGGGCAAAAAAAGAUGACUAAAUAUCUAAUGCGAUUUAGCAAAACUUAUUUGGUGUAUGCUACUGAGGCACGUUUUCGAGAUCAUUCUGGUGGUUAUUUAUUAAGUUCACUUAUAAUUGCAGGAUUCUAUGACUUGGCUCUAGAAUUGCUUCGAUGGAAUAAAAGCUUAGGCAAAUAUGUUGGUGAGUCUCUUUUGACUGAAAUAACCAGAAAGCAGUCUGCAUUUCAAAGUGGAAGANGAGAGAACCAUGAUUUUCCUUCAUGGAAUUAG